CCCCUGCUUAAUUUCCUAAAAAGCAUCUGUUUGGCUCCUCUUUUUCGUCCCUCCUUUUUUAUUUUACAAAACUGAAGCUCCACCAGUGUCACUUCUCUCUCUCUCCCACUCUCCCCCUUCGCCCCCCCCUCAUAUUUUUUUCCUUUUGAAAUUUGUGAUUGGUGGGGUUUCCUCCUUCUGUCUGGAGAAGACGAAAAGCGUAAGAUUCUGGUGGCCACUUGUCGGGGUUCUCGAAUUCUCAGUUAUAAUCUUCUGCACGGGCUUAUUCCGCUAUUUGGAAAUUCAAUUGGUUUCUGCCUGAGUCUGACAAAUUUGGUCGCUGAUUGGGUUAAAUCAUCGUGGAUUUCUUUGCAAGAUGCAUAUAGUUGGUGCUGGUUCAGUGGCAAAUGCGACCAUAGUAUCUGGGGCCGGAACAUCCAUGAGCCUAUCCCCCACAAGGACGUCUACCUUUGUGAUGCCUUUUAAACAUGCACUAGCAUCAGGAAACAGAAACGCAAUGUUUCACCAGUUAAGAAGAAACGUUUCGAGUCCCACAAAGUGGAAACCACGGCAGGAACUUUGUCAUCUUAAGGUCCUUUGUGUUGACUGUCCACGGCCAGAGCUUGAUGGUACAGUCAGUUAUAUAGAAGCUGCUCAGUUAUCAUCAUUAUUUCUUUCUUCUCCACCACCAGAAAGACGUCUCAAAGUUGUUAUUGCUGGAGCAGGCUUGGCUGGUUUAUCAACUGCAAAAUAUCUUGCUGAUGCAGGACAUGAGCCUAUACUGUUGGAGGCAAGGGAUGUUUUAGGUGGAAAGGUUGCUGCAUGGAAAGAUAGUGAUGGAGAUUGGUAUGAAACUGGCCUACAUAUAUUCUUUGGGGCAUAUCCAAAUAUCCAAAAUUUGUUCAAUGAGCUUGGCAUAAAUGAUCGACUACAAUGGAAAGAACACUCAAUGAUUUUUGCGAUGCCAAAUAAACCUGGACAGUUUAGUCGUUUUGAUUUUCCUGAAGUUCUUCCUGCUCCAUUAAAUGGGAUCUGGGCCAUCCUAAGGAAUAAUGAGAUGCUAACUUGGCCCGAAAAAAUUCGUUUUGCAAUUGGACUUCUUCCAGCAAUGCUUGGAGGCCAAGAAUAUGUUGAAGCUCAGGAUGGCUUGACUGUGAAGGAAUGGAUGAAAAGGCAGGGUGUUCCUGAUCGAGUAAAUGAUGAAGUCUUUAUUGCAAUGUCCAAGGCUUUGAACUUCAUAAAUCCAGAUGAGUUGUCAAUGCAAUGUAUUUUGAUUGCACUGAAUCGGUUUCUUCAGGAAAAACAUGGAUCGAAGAUGGCAUUUUUAGAUGGUAAUCCUCCUGAGAGGUUGUGUAAGCCAAUUGCAGAUCAUAUUCUUCAACAGGGUGGCCAAGUACAGAUUAAUUCACGACUGCAAAAGGUUGAGCUUAACAGUGAUGGUACUGUGAAGCAUUUUGUACUUAGCAAUGGAAAUGUUGUCGAAGGAGAUGCCUAUGUAAUUGCAACUCCAGUUGACAUUUUGAAGCGUCUCCUACCCCAUGAAUGGAAAGAGAUAACUUACUUCAAGAAGCUGGAAAAGUUGGUAGGAGUACCUGUGAUUAAUGUUCAUAUAUGGUUCGACAGAAAAUUAAGGAAUACUUACAAUCAUCUUAUGUUCAGCAGAAGUCCUCUUCUAAGUGUUUAUGCAGAUAUGUCUGUAACUUGCAAGGAGUAUUAUGAUCCAGAUAGGUCCAUGUUGGAGCUAGUUUUUGCACCUGCAGAGGAAUGGAUUUCACGCAGUGAUGCUGAUAUUAUUGAAGCCACUAUGAAGGAGCUUUCAAAGCUCUUCCCUGAUGAAAUUGCUGCUGAUCAGAGUAAAGCAAAGAUCUUGAAGUAUCAUGUUGUCAAAACUCCAAGGUCUGUUUACAAAACGGUGCCUGAUUGUGAGCCAUGCCGACCAUUACAAAGGUCUCCUGUCAAAGGAUUUUAUCUAGCUGGAGACUUCACCAAGCAGAAGUAUUUAGCAUCAAUGGAGGGCGCUGUUCUGUCUGGAAAACUUUGUGCACAGGCUAUUCUGCAGGAUUACAACCUUUUGGUUGCUCAGGCAAAACAGAGAUUCCAGCCAACAGCAGUUGUAUAACCAGGCUCUCUCUCUCUCUCUCUCUCUCUCUCUCUCUGUGUGUGUGUGUGUGUUGUAUGAUUUUUCAUGUGUAGUUAAUUUAAUAUACUUUCUUGUGCUUAUACCAACUUGUUUCCUCGGCUUCAUAAGCUUAUUUUAUUGCAAGCAGGCUAGAAGCCUGGGUUCCUAGUGCCCUUGUAUUCUGAAUACUUGAAAUCUAUAUAUUCUGGAUGCAACUGAAAUAAGCAAUUUCAAAGUUCUCAUGGGAACCAA